UCACCAUCGCAUGCAUCAAAAAAAAUCUCAGAAAUCUAAUUAUUCAGGGACUAUGGAUAUAUCUUCCACGCUAUAUGGUACGUGCUGCUCCCGACACUCAGCAUGCAGGAUCUCGCCGUGUCGUGUUUAAACUAAGUUUGGCACCUGGCGUGCAGUCCUGGCACCCGGCCUCCAGGGAGUGGCAUCUCUCGUCUAUGUUUCAAGUUUCAACUAGUCACGGCAGUUGGAGUGCAGGAACCAGCACUGCAUAUCCCGCGAUAUGCAGUGGAUGGUUGGUCUUGGGAGGGGAAUUAGGCUCUGGUGUCAUCACCAUCUCGCUUGUGGAUGAUCAGGUGGCGAUGCAGGCGGGGAAGAGAUGGGAGGAUCAGAUGGCCAUGACCAUGACCAUGACCAUGACGGUGUUGUAGAAGCUGGAGAUCCGCAUAUGAUCCACAUCCCACUGAUAGCGACACCACAUAGAGAUCGUUCGUGAUGGAUCCCAAGCUUAUGCUUGUUCCAAGAGCACUAAUAGAAGGAACCAAACAAAUCAAUCUGACACCAGUUCCAGAUCCAUAGAAGCUCCUACUUGAACACCAAACCAGCAUCCUGUAUACCUCUUUUUGUUGAGGAUGGCCUUUGUCAUAACCUAGAAAUGGGAACUCUUGAGAGAUGCGGGGUCUAAAGCGGAGACGUGAAUACAACAGUUUUAUUUCAGCGUUUUUUUGAGAGAGUAGUCUUGUUUGCUGUUUUAAAACUAUUCAAUUUCUUGAUAUUUUAUAUUAUAUUGAUUGGAUAAUCCCACAUCGGCUAUUUUAGAAUUGUUAAACUUAUAUUCAAUG